UUUAAUCUAUAGUAUUCCCGGGUAGAAUUAUGUAUUGUUAGUCCGUGUGUCCGUGAUAUGUUUUUCGUAAACAAGCACGCACCCUUUUGUUUUGUUGCUCUAUUUUGGGCGAAAUUAAUUUUUUUGUAAUUUCUCAUUUUUAGAAAAUUCUAUCUACUAUCAAUGUCGUUCAGUUCUGAGCUUUAUUAAAUUGCUAUGCAUCACAUGUUGAAUCCGUCAUGGUUACUUGAACACUUGUACAGUGGUGCCCGACAGUAGCCUCUAGCAUUGAUGAUGGUGCUCUUUGAAUGAACAAUUUCUGAUUUAUUUAUUUAUUUAUUGUCCUCAAUUGGAAAAGCAGAGGAAGACUUGGAUGUUUUUGAGAAUGAUGGGUUUGCUGUUGAUGAUGCCGAAGAUGAUGAAGAGGAAGAAGGAGGAAAUACAAAACAAGCACAAAACAAGAAAAAAAAAAGAGGAAAUCAUUGAAAAACAUUGUUCUUGACGAUGAGGAUCUUGAGUUAAUUCGUGAGAACAAGAGCUUCAAUCAAGAAACAUUGAUUGAUGGAAAAUUCAAGAAGCUUAGAAAGGCUGGUGUAGACUCUGAGCUGAUGGAAUACUCUUCCGAUGACAGAGUAUCACUCUUUGAUGAUAUUGCUGAAGAUCAGACUAACGAUGAUGUAGAGGAUGACAUGGCAGAUUUUAUAGUGGAUGAUGAAGAUGUCAUCUACGGGAUGGGAGAUUCUCUCAACAAAAAACUUAAAGCCAGGAAACAUUCGCCUGCAUUUUCGAAAGGCAAACAUAGUUUUGGCAAGGAAGGUCAGCUGGAAAACCACAUUGGGAUAGUUCAAAUUCAGGCUACUAAGUCUGAUGAUCCUAACAAGUAUAAAUCAUUCAUCCCUACUGACAUGCACAUAGCUGGAGAGGAUAACUGUGUAAAUGAUACAGACAUACCUGAGAGGAUGCAGAUAAUUCAGGACAUUGUAGGAUCUACAAUCGUCAGAAUGAGUAUAGAAGAAGAAAGUUCCUGGAUACUAUGUCAACUAGCAUCCAACAUAAAUCCAUUGUUCAAUGAGGCUAAAUCCUGCAGACUAGUCGAUACAGCAAAAAGGGAAGAUAUUAUUAGUUUCUUGGAAUUGCGUCAUACAAUGAAAUAUGAUAUACCAUUUAUUGCAAUGUACCGGAAGGAACAAUGCCUUAGUCUUCUAGAAGAUCUGAAACUGGAAGAAUCAGAAAACAUAUUCAAUGAUAUUGAAAGAAAUCAUAUGUUGAAAUGGCACCAGGUAAUUUCAAAUUUACUAUUUUAGGUAGACAGUUAAAAUAGCAAAUUUAGUGAAUGAAGGAAUUUAGUACUUUAGAACUUGUUGGAGUUCCUUCAUUCUUGGUGUAGAUCAAGAAUUGGAUAAAAAGUGGUUGCUUCUUCAAAAGCGAAAGAGCUUGCUUAUGAAUCCAGUUUUCAUAAGCAGAUAUUUGAUUCAAUCACCAAUAUGCUCAAGAAGGCUGAAACCGAGAGUGAGAUUGAUGAUAUUGAUAGGAAGUUUAAUUUGCAUUUUCCACCAGCUGAGGAGUUUUUUGAUAGUGGUUUUAAAAGGCCUCUGACAAAAUCAUAGUACUGCAAUUGCAAUAAGGCAGGGCUGUGGUCACUUGCAAACAAAUUUGGCAAUCCUGAGAAAUUUGGUUCUUUAGUUACUCUUGAGAAAGUGGUAAUUUCUUUUUGUUUACAUCUGCUCGAAUGUUUUCUUAAUUUCAUUUGUUUUGGGGUGACAAUUGACUGGAGAGGUCCUUGGACUCUAGGGAAAAAGCAGUGAAGAAGAUCCGCAGGAAUCUCCAGAGGAGAUAGCAUCAAUGUACAAGUGUGAAACCUUUCAAACUACAGAAGCUGUACUUAAAGGGGCUAGGCACAUGUUAUCAUGUUGAAUUCAUCAACAUAACUUUAAAGUCUAUUAGUAAUCAUAGCUUACAAAUCUAUAAUUUUAUUUUUCAGGCUGCAGUGAUGUUAAGCAGUGAGAUUCCUUUCAGGAAAUAUGUGAGCACCAUAUUUAUGGAUAAGGCAUUAGUUUCAACUAGCCCUACAAUAAAAGGAAAUACAACAGUAGAUUCCUUUCAUGAAUUUGCUGGUGUU